GCGAUAAUCCAACAUGGCGGACGAGUGAGAGUGUGUUUAGUGAACCUCCGUAAAACACGAGCGAUUUGGAGUGGAUUAUCAAAUCGUGUCGUGUCAAAAUUAGCUUUAUGCUGUCCUAAAAUUUCAUAGGACCUAUUGGCCAAAAACCCCGGUGGAUUUACUAGUCAUGGAUUCCACAGCUGCUGUGAUACUGCUACUGGCCGCCACACUCACCGCCAGUAACGCCCAGCUCAUCCAGCGACCGAGCAAAGAGGCGACGAUCAAAAGCGUUCGAAUUUUAUGCAACAGUAAUGAUAUCGUCGUCUCUAUCGACACUUCCGAUGCCUUUAAUGGCAUGAUCUACCCGAAAGGACUGUCCAAGAAUUCUUCAUGUAUGGCAGAGUUCAAGGAACAAACGAGUCCCAUCCUCUACAAAUUACCGCUCAAGUCCUGCAGCACCAUGAGCUCAGAGAUGGAGGACGGCAUCGAGUACUUCAACACGGUGGUGGUACAGCCACACAGGAAGCUGGUCACCAAUCAGGGACGAGGCUACCACAUCCGUUGCAAGUACCAGACCCAGGAGAAAACCGUCACCAAUGCCUUCAAUGUCAGCGGUGACUUCGUUACUGAUGCCGAAUGGAAGGCGCCCAACGGUUCCAGCUUCAUUGGAACAACACCACUUACUGCUACAGCCCCGAUGCCUGGCUGCUACAUGCGUAUCUUUGCUGGGUCACCCUCAGACAGAGCAGUUGCAGAGAAUGUACGCAUUGGUGACCCCCUCACCAUGGUAAUUUCCCUUGAUGACCAGGAGAUCUAUGGCAUGAAGGUCACAGACUGCCUUGUGAGGGAUGGUCUUGGCUGGGGAGAGCAAAUGCUCAUCAACAGUGAUGGGUGUCCAGUAGACUAUGAAAUCCUUGGAGCAUAUGAGUAUUCAUCCUCCAAGACUACAGCUUCAGUGCGCUUCCAGGCACAUAAGUUUCCCUAUACUUCAUCUGUGUACUACCAGUGUAAUGUGAAACUCUGCAUCAAGAAUGCUGGAGGCUGUGAUGAUGUGCCGCCUGUGUGUGUGGAGGGUCAGAACUUGCUUCGUCGGCGCCGUAGGGAUGUAUCUGAGGUUGAUGGAAAUGGCAACCUGAAGGAAGUAGAGGCAGAAGUUGAUGAGAACCUCACCAUUGAGGUCUUCACUGGUCUUUAUGUAAACGAGGAUGAGGAACUUCCAGACCCUGAAGGAGCCUCUGACACACUUACACCUCUGAAGGAAGAAGUAGUAGAGGAUCCCAACACAUUUUGUCUCUCUCCCAAGACUUUUGCCAUUGGCAUUGCCAUUGCAGGUCUCAUUCUAAUGGUAGCAGUUAUUGCUUCCAUCCUCAUACUAAUUUCUCGCCGUCGUAGGAGAAAGGAGGACUCUACCACCGGCUCUUCUAUAUACUCCAGCCCUUACACCAACACUGCUUACAGUCACUCCUCCUAAAAUAUUGGAAAGAGUGAAUGCCAAAAAGUGUGUUGAAGCAUCUACAAGUGUUUUCAGUUGCAUAGAUUUCUUUCUUCAUUUUAUUUCAUAGUUUGACAUGUCUGAAAAUCAUUUGAAGAAAGGCAUCAUGAAUAUCUUAAACAAUUAUGAACUUAAGUUGGACACUGACUGAUUUCUCUAAAAGUUGGAAAAGACAUUCAAAUAAUUAUGGAAGUUAUUUUACAGUGUAUUGUUAUAUAACUCCUGCAAAACAUGUGAACCUCCUGACUAAAGGGAAUAAUGAAAACUACAGCAUAAUCAAGUUUACAGUAACUGAAGAAUCAGUCACUAGGAUUACUAAGAGAAUAACUGAUAUUACACAUGACAAAAUUAUGUAUGGUAAUACAGUAUUCUCAUAUCCUGCUGAUGUGGAUACUUAGUUCUGUAUCAUGAUGCCUAUAAUAGAAAACGUAAAAUGGUGCUCCGGUAUAAAAUGUCCUAAAACAAGAUAAAGGUGCGUAAUGGAUAACAGCUUUAUUGAUACUUCACACUAUAGGAGAAAUACUAAAUACUUAAGUUAUAUACAGAUAUUCAAAUGCUUCUUUUGUAAUUUUAAUCUAUGCUCUAAACCAGUUGACAUAUUUGAAGUUUGACAGAUUCUCUGAUAAACUUUAUUAAAUGGUUGUGAAGCUUGUCUGAGAGGAUGAGAGGAAACAGGUGGCAAAAGGAACAGGGAUGUCAUGUCCAGAGUCAGUGAGAGGUAUUGCUUAUAUAAAAGUAAGAAACAUAUUGCAGUAUUGAACUAAGUUCUUAUUACAUAUUUUUAAUAUUACAUAGAUAUGUGGAUGAAAUACUGUACACCUUUCAAUUUUUUUUGUCUUAAAAUGUUAUUAAAAAUAUGACACAAGUGUAACCAUGAAUUUGAAGAUAGCAUAUAAAGUAUAUGUAAUAUUUUUCACUGCCUUCUCUGGGUUUUGAUCAAUACUCAACAGUUUUUCCCCAUGAACAUAAAACACUGCUUGAAAUAUCAGUUAGCACAGUCAAUCAUUAGGUCUGAUGACAGCAAUUAUUUAAGUUGUUAGAAUAAUUAAUUCAAGCAUUGUUUACCAAUUGGGGUCUCUGUUCCUUACCUCAAAAGUCUCCCCUCUCUUCUUGCUAAUCUUAUCAAAUAUCCGUCCAUAAAUAGAUUUUGUUCACUUCUCAGGAGUAGUACCCUGGUGAAUGAGACCUUAUUAUCUGCAUAGGCUAAGGAUAACUGCGGCAAAAGUGACUUGUGAUGCAAUAGUAACUGAUGUUUAAGUUGUGUUGUAAAAUUAUCAAGUGUUGGAUAAUGAUAGUCCCUACCAUAAUUGGAAGUAGACCGUUUCCCCAUUAGUAGACUGCAAGCAAUUGCUAAAAUAUUUAUAGGCAAUUCUACAGAUAGGAUACAAAUUGUGCUGUUAGCAAUAUGAGGUACAUGUACAUGCUCAAUUCAAUAUGUAUAUUGGUAAAAUCAAUGUGUCUAUAGUAUUAAACCUAGGAUGUAAAAAAAUACGAGUACAGCAUAUCAGAAGUGCUAUGGAACUUAAUGCUCCAUAUAUUUGAGUAAAAAACUUGUGCAGUUACUUGCAGUCCUAAUUAAUAAUUCAAAAGGGAUGUGGGCAUUAUGAAAAGAAUCUUGACUCUUCGUACUUUCCUCUGUGCUUAGCACUUAUGAAUGAUAAGGAAACAGGAUGUUCAUGAAAUUAUCAUUAAACCCUUUGACUGUUUUGGUCGUAUAUAUAUGUCUUACGCGCCACUGUUUCGGACGUAUUAAUAUGCAUAAAUUUUAGCGGCUUCAAAUCAAGCAGGAGAAAGCUGGUAGGCCCACAUGUGAGAGAAUGUGGUCAGUGUGCACCGUUUUUUUUUUAUUAAAACGCUGACUUUGAUGUGUAUUUUUGUAUAGAAUUUAUCAUUGUAUUCUCAUUUUCAUGGUCUUGCGUGAUAAAAUGGAAAACAUAUUAGAGAAAUAGAGAUGAUUUUGAUUAGUUUCACGAUGAAAACGACCUUUAAAUUGAGCUUAAAGUAGCGGAAGUGUUCGAUUUUUACUAAUGUUCAGGAGUAAGCAAAUCACACCACACAUCCAAUACACAUCAACUGGGGAGUCGAAUAUUCUUUCACUAAUGCACUGAUAUUAUUUAUACCAUUUUUACAAUAAUGCAUUAGUCUGCAUAACAGUAAAUUUUGUAUUUUUUGUAUGAAAAAAUCAAAAUAGAAAGCAAUAGUAAUAUACGAGGGGCUUAGAGACAUGACUAAUGAUAUGUUAUUUUAGUGCCAAGAAUGUCUACAUUGUUUAUUUUGGACCCUAUUUUGAAAUUGGCAUCUUUUUUAAUUUGCAUGAAAUUGGCCAAAUUGCCAAUUUCUGACCACUUCAUUGGGUAGUUCAAAUCGGUAAAUGGGCGGUUUCUUGUACUCAAAUGAUAGAAAAAAUGGAGUUCUAAAGAAAUAGCUAUGAGUUUGGUCAAAUGGAACAGCGGAAUUGGCCAAAAACAGUGCUCAAAGUUGGUGAAAUCGCCGAUGCGUUUGUCGCCAAGACGCUAACUUCGCAGGAGCAUAAUUCCGUCAGUUUUCGACCAAAUUUCGUACUUUUGGUGUCAUUACCAUCGGUUAAAGAUUCUAUAUCAUUUCAUAUGAAUUUUUU